AUGGCAAUGCUGCUGGAGUCGUGGUGGAGCGAGGCAGUGCUCGCGGUUUUCGUGCUGUUCGCCGCGUUCUACCUCUGGUUCCUCUACUGGUACACCUACUGGAGACAGAGGGGCGUGCCGUACGCCGAGGCCGUCUUCCCAUACGGGAGUAUCGGGAAGGAGACCAUUCUGGGAAAGAUGCGAGUAGAGUUUAAAAUACACGAAAUCUACGAACGAUACCGAGACGAGCGCUUCCUUGGCAUUUACGCGCUGCAUACGCCGGCUCUUCUGGUGAUGGACCCCGAUCUCAUUCGCGACAUUCUGGUCAAGGACUUCGACGCAUUCCAGGACAGGUGCAUACCGUUCGAUGACAGCGAGCCGCUGAACCAGCACCUGCUGUUUCUCAACGGCAGCAAGUGGAAGAGGCUGCGCUCCAAGCUCACCCCGGCGUUCACCUCUGGAAAGCUAAAAAUGAUGUUCGAGACGAUGGACAGAUGUGGGCGCGAGAUGGUGGAAGUCCUGGACGAUGCAGCGCUGAGCGGACAAGUAUUAGAGGUUCGCGACGUUUCGGCCAGGUUCACGACUGACGUCAUCGGGAGCGUCGCCUUCGGCGUCGAGUGCAACUGCCAGCGCAACCCGGACGCUGAAUUCCGACAGUGGGGACGCCAGAUCUUCGAAUUCUACCCGUCAGACAGGGUGGAACAUCUGCUACUCGCCAUCCAUAUCCCUACGGCAAAGCUCUACAGGAGGAUUAUAGGCCGGAAAGAGGUUCUGCAUUAUUUUGAGCGCAUGGUGAAGGAUACAGUGAGCUACCGAGAGAGAAACAACGUUGUGCGCAACGACUUCAUGCACCUGCUGAUACAGCUCAAGAACAGGGGCUUCGUAGACGAUGACAAGUCUUCCAGCGCAAAGGCGCAAGAUGACGACAUCAGUAACUGGAAGCUAUCCGACGGAGACUUGGCGGCCCAAGCUAUGCUGUUCUUCUCGGCGGGCUUCGAGACGUCGUCGACGACGAUGAGCUACGCGCUGUACGAGCUGGCCCUCAACCCGGAGGUGCAGCGGCGGCUCCACCAGGAGGUGGACGAAACCCUGCAGAGGACGGGCGGCCGCUUCACGUACGACGCCGUCAUGGGGAUGCCCUACCUCGACAAGGUCAUCUCAGAAACUUUGAGGAAAUACCCACCGAUAACUAUACUACCACGGAAGACGACCCGCUCGUAUCAGAUACCAGGCAGUAAAGCCGUGGUCGACAAGGACAUCGCAGUGGCCGUUCCGAUCUACGCGCUGCACCACGACCCCAGGUACUUCCCUGACCCGGAGCGGUUUGACCCCGAGCGCUUCUCGGAGGAGGAGAAGACCAAGAGGCACCCGUAUGUGUACCUCCCGUUUGGUGAGGGGCCACGCAAUUGCGUGGGCAUGCGACUUGGUCUCUUGCAGGCGAAAAUCGGUCUUGCACACCUCAUGUCAAAGAUCGAAUUCCAGAAAUGUGAUGAGACUGAAAUUCCUAUCGAAUACGAUCCGCUAUCCAUAGUGUUAAUGCCGGCGACCGGUCUUCAUCUCAGAGCGAAGAGGAGAUCUGUGUGA